GCGAGUGCAGCCCUUUGAGAAAGCGGGGGGAGCCUUCUUAGAAAGCGGGGGCCUUCUUCGAAGAGCCUGGAAGAUUCUGUAGCCACUUAGGCUCAAGCGGACGGCGGGCGCCCCGGGCCGCCCCCGCGGGCGCCGCAGACGAUGCGCCGCCGCCGCCGUCCGCCGCGGCCCGCGGCGCUGGCGCUGCUGGGGGCCGCGCCGCUGCUCGCACUGCUGCCGCCGCUCUCUGCCCCAGGGGUGUCGGAUGGCACCCUGGCGACGGCCGCCGGGGCCGCGCGCUGGGGCCUCACCGCCAGGCCGCGCCGCCGGCGCGCGGCGGUGCUGCGGCGGUUCUUCUUCGAGGCGCUGGAGUCCGCGGAGGCGCAGCUCGCGCGCGCCGCCCGCGCCGGCGACGCGCAGAGGGUGCAGGAGCUCCUCUCGCAGGGGGCGCGGAUCGACGAGCCUUCCGGCCAGUCGAAGGCCACCCCGCUGAUCGGCGCGGCCGCGAACGGGCAUGCCGCGGUGGUGGAGCUGCUGCUGGACGCGGGCGCCGAUGCCGAGGUCGGGCUGGAGUCGGACGGGCCGCUCCGCCCGGGCGGCGCCACCGCCCUCUUCAUCGCCGCGCAGCAGGGCCACGCGCAGGUGGUGGAGCUGCUCCUGCGGCGGGGCGCCGUGGCGGACGCGGCCAGAGGUGAUGGUCUGACGCCCCUGGACAUUGCGAAGAAGAAGGGCAACGAGGCGGUCGUCGGGUUGUUGGAGGGGCGUGCGGCGCCCGAGCGUUGAGGUCGCGGGGCGGCCGAAAAGUCGCCGCGGUCACUACCUCGAGCGUCGCCAGUGGCAGCCUCUUUGUGGGAGAAAGCAUGUGCGUUCGCCGCUCGCGACUGCAGGCGCCGCCCCCUCCCCCUCCCACCACACACACACACCACACCACACCACAUCACACCACA